CGGAAGUGGGGCGCGCUGGUCCGGCAUGGCGGAGCGCGCGGCGGGGCCUGCGGGCGCUGGGGCUGAGGUGCCCGAGGCGGAGCGGCUCUUCCUGCUGCAGCAUCCGCUGCUCAGCCUCGUGCAGCCGGGCCGGGUGCGGUGCAGGCUGACGGGACACGAGAUGCUGUGUCGGCUGUCGGACUUGCAGGCUUACACUAAUGGCAAGAAGUAUCAGCGGCUGAUAAAGACAGCCAGAGAGUUUGACUACAGCGUGUUUGAGCCCCAUAUAGUGCCCAGCACAAAGAACCUGCACCAGCUGUUUUGCAAGCUGACUCUCAGGCACAUCAACAAGUACCCAGAGCAAGUGCUGUCUCAUGUCCAGGGGAGGCGCUAUCAGAAGGCCCUCAAAACAUAUGAGGAGUGCCAGAAGGAAGGAGUGGAGUACAUCCCGGCGUGUCUGCGACAGAAGCAGCGGUGGACGCAGCACUCUGAUGACCAAAUGAACAGGAGCAGGCAGCCUUACAGAAAAGAGGAAUUCUGGGAGCCACAGUCCAGCAAUGAGGAUGGAGAGGAGACAGACGAUAGCAUGAGUGACCUGUACCCAUCUGCACUCUUUCCAAGAAAAAGCUCAGCGGCUCCACAAACCACAACGGGCAGUGAUGACUUUGCAACAGACAGCGAGGAUGAUGGGAUCAAGCAGAAUGGUGACACGAACAGAGAGGAUGGUGGAAGAGCAGGUGUCAGCAGAGCCAGUGGCAACAAACGGGGAAAGAAACAGUCAGGCCCUUUAAAGAAGAAAUUCAAGAGUCAUCAUCGAAAACCCAGGAACUUGAAGAAAGCAGCCAAUGGCAAAUAAACUUUGUGAUAACUACA